AUGUUUCUGGUUCUUGUAGUGACGCCGGAGCUGAGGGAGUUCCUGGCCAAGGCGAGGAGCGGCGCCGUGCGGCUGAUCCAGGUUCUGAUCCGUGACGAGCAGCUGGUGCUUGGGGCGUACAAAGAGCCGUCCCAGACCUGGGAUCGGGAAUAUGACCACUCCAUUCUUCCUCUGCUGGAUCCCCAGGAACCCUGCUACAUCCUGUACCGUCUCGACUCCCAGAAUGCACAGGGCUACGAGUGGAUCUUCAUCUCUUGGUCCCCAGACCAGUCUCCUGUCAGACAAAAGAUGCUUUAUGCUGCGACCCGUGCCACGGUGAAGAAAGAGUUUGGUGGAGGACACGUCAAAGAUGAAAUGUUUGGCACAGUGGAGGAGGACGUUUGCCUUCAAGGAUAUCUCCGUCACAUGUCGUCAUGCUCCGCCCCUGCUCCGCUCACGGCAGCCGAACAGGAGCUGCAGCGAAUCAGAAUCACCGAGGUGAAGACGGAGAUGAGUGUUGAGAAUAAGUACCAGAGUGUGCAGGGUCUGGCCUUCCCUGUACAGGAUGAUGUAAAGAGAGCUCUGCGGCUGCUCAAAGAGAGACGCAUCAACUACAUCCAGCUGAGGUUGGACACAGAGAAAGAGACGAUUGAACUGGUGCACACCAACCCCACAGAGAUCGGAGACCUGCCCAGUAGAGUCCCUACGGACACACCACGCUACCAUCUCUUCCUCUACAAACACACACACGAGGGAGACAGCCUCGAAUCUGUGGUGUUUAUUUACUCGAUGCCGGGGUACAGCUGCAGUAUAAAGGAGAGGAUGCUGUACUCCAGCUGUAAAAGUCGUCUUCUGGACGAGGUGGAGAGAGAUUAUCACCUGGAGGUGGCCAAAAAGUUGGAGAUAGACAGCGGCUCUGAGCUGACGGAGGAGUUUCUCUACGAGGAGAUCCACCCCAAACAGCACGCCCAUAAGCAGGCUUUCGCCAAACCCCGGGGCCCGGCCGGCAAGAGGGGUAACAAACGGCUGAUCAAAGGAGGCGGCGGCGAGAACGGAGAGAGGAGUUAG